UCAACAAAACACGGAAGUGCUUUGUUUUUGUCCUCCCUGUACUGUCAGCUGUAAGUGAAGAAAUCUGCAUUUCUGUGUCGGGUUAACAAAACAUCCAGACGGCUACGUAAUCAUUUGACGUGGACACUGAGGACAGCUUCUACAUCUUUUACAUCCUGGUCCUCAUCAUGGUGGAGCCCACAGCAUCAGGCGUGUUCUGUAACAGGAUGCUGAGCAUGGUCAACUCUGAAGAUGUAAAUGCCAUCAUACAGGCUCAGAGACACAUGCUCGACCGCUUUGAGAAAACCAACGAAAUGCUGAUCAACUUCAACGGGUUGUCUAACGUGCGACUGCAGCAGAUGAACGAGCGCUUCCUGCUCCACACGCGCACCCUCGUGGAGAUGAAGAAAGAUCUGGACAGCGUCUUCAGAAGGAUAAGGACUCUUAAAGGGAAGAUUGCUAAGCAGUACCCAGAGGCGUUCAGCACAGUCAUCCACGAGUCGCCCGUCCUGGAGGAUGACGACGAUGAGUUCGACCCAGCUCCGCCCAGCGUUGCCACGACCAUAACCAUAGCCAACUCAGAGCAGAGCACAGACUCCUGUGACACCAGUCCAGAUGUGAUCUCGCCCACUGUGAGCAGGUGCUCCGAAGAUCUCUCUCAAGAGGCGCCUGACACGCCCCCCUACGACGUCCUAGAGACAGCCGUGCUGCAGGACGAGGGUCCGGACUCUGUCCCCGCUGAAUAGCAUAUCGUGAUUGUUCAGCAGGAGGUCGUGUUGUAUGUUUCAGUUUGCAUCCUUCAACUAAUCUGCCUGUUGGAAAGACCAUCAAAAAGCUCGAUGUCAGCUGUGAACUGUCUAUGAGGGACGCCGGAUUUUUGUCCGUUUGCUUAUUUGUCAUGCACAGCAGUAAAUUAAUGCAGAUAAUACUUGAAGUUGUAAAGUACCGCACUAUAGGUUUUAAUGUACGUCAGUGACAGUGAAUUCCCUCACUCUUUGUUAUUUUACACAUAUUUAAGGAGAUCAUGUUACAGACACUAAAGAGGCAAAAGAAUAAUAUUACUGAGGGUUUCAAGAUGUUACCAUCAUCAGAAAUGUUUCCCGUGGAGCCUUUAGGUUAAAGUCUUUCUAUGUGAUUUAUAAUAGAAAUCAAGUAUAUCCUCUGAAAAUAACUCUGUGAGUCAUGACUGUCUACAAUGGGUGUAACACCCGAGUCCCACUGUCUGUGAUGUUUUCAGAGUUUUCAGAGUCCUAUCUUCACUUUGUUUACAUCGCCAGGACGGCCAGCUGACUCCUCCCCUCGUGUAUAAAAGUUGUUUAAUUGAGGGACUAGAGAAAAGAAGAAUAACAUACUGUACUCACUGCUUAACUGUGUUUCUAGAUCACGCUCAUUUCAGGUAAAUUUACAUGCAGUGUGAAGAUACGAGCAGAAUAAAGAUCGCUAGCAUUAGCAUGCUAACACAACAAUGCAGCGCAAGUUGUUUUGGUUUCAUGCUGGUGCUCAAGGGCGACACCUGCUGGAUCAAAAAAUCACAUAUAAAGCCUUUAAUGCGUUUAUGAAUGCUAUCGGUUGUAUUUAGUGGAAUGCAUUAAUGAUCACUUCCAAGAUAACUUUCUCUUUGCUUGCCUCACAAGGAAACCAGGGAUUGGGUUAAUUACCUGCACUCAGCGUCAAUGGAGUUGUCUUAAUAUUUCACGUUAUCAGCAAGUCUGGAUUUUUUUUUUUAGCUCUGGAAACCAGGUUGUAUAAAGUUUAGCAUCCAGACUCAGUGGUUUCUGUGUAAAAGGGAAGGAUCAGCCUGAAAUGGACUUCAUUUGUUCUUUCUGUCACAUUUCAACAUCUCAAGUUUCAACUGUGGAUUUUUUAAAAAGAUGAUCUCUGGAAUAAGAAGAGGGACAGAGUGUAGUGAUCGAUUGCUGAAGAUGAUCCAAAUUUUUUUGUAUUUCCACUGAAGUUAAAUUGAAUGUGAGAUUGUGUCUUUGAAUAGUAUUUUUUGUCUCAAGAAUAUAAACAAUGCCUUUAACAUACGGCGUCAUUUGAUUUAAACAAAAGUGUGAAUUACUAAUGCUUUGUUAAUACAACACACAGAUACACAGACAGCUGCAUUAAACACUGAAGUUCAAUGAGCAGGUGUAUUUAUAUAAUAGUAGACACUGUGUUAUUGUACUAGCUGAAGGCUCACUGUGUGCCACAUGGUUAAUAAUGGUAACAGGAUUAUUUGUAUCUUUGUAUGAGCUUUAAACAUGUAAACUGAGUUACAGAGGCAGUCAGUCAGUGCUGUCAAAACAUGUUAGAAUAGCUCAGAGGUUGACACAUGACCCAGUCAUAAGAAGAGCGUAUCUGAUUGGUUAUCUGCAUUGUGCUGAGAUCUUAUUCAGUUUUGUUUUAGUACCGCCCUCUGGAUAUAAUAAAAUAAAAGCAUGUUCUUUUCUUGAUGGUUUAAACGUGAGGACCAUGUGAUAUAUCUCAAUACUUAAUAAAGAGAACAACAUGGAGAUGGACACUUUGUA